GCCUGCGCGCCCUCACCGGACCCGCGGCUGGCUCCGUUCGCCUCGGCCGGGGCCUGCCUCUGCUACCCGACUGCAGGCGUCCGCACCCCCUCUGCUCCCGGGCACAUCUCAGUGCUGUCCCAGCUCAGACGCCCAGGCCCGGGCGCCAGUGCCCACUUCAGGUUUGGUUCCUUGCGCUCGCCGGAGGCGCGCCAAAGGAGCCCUACGUCCCGCGCCCGUUCGUCCCCCCAGGCUUAACCCGGCCGCUCCGCUCGGAUUCCUCGGCUGCCCUCGCAGGGGUGGCGACUUCCUCCUCGCGCCCCCUCCCCCUCGCCAUGAAGAAGUCGAUUGGAAUAUUAAGCCCGGGAGUUGCUUUGGAAACGGCUGGCAGUGCAAUGUCUUCCAAGUUCUUUCUAAUGGCUUUGGCCAUAUUUUUCUCCGUCGCCCAGGUUGUAAUAGAAGCCAAUUCUUGGUGGUCACUAGGUAUGAAUAACCCUGUUCAGAUGUCAGAAGUAUAUAUCAUAGGAGCGCAGCCUCUCUGCAGCCAACUGGCAGGACUUUCUCAAGGACAGAAGAAACUGUGCCACUUGUAUCAGGACCACAUGCAGUACAUCGGAGAAGGUGCAAAGACAGGCAUCAAAGAAUGCCAGUAUCAAUUCCGACAUCGAAGAUGGAACUGCAGCACUGUGGAUAACACCUCCGUUUUUGGCAGGGUUAUGCAGAUAGGCAGCCGCGAGACAGCCUUCACGUAUGCGGUGAGCGCCGCGGGAGUGGUGAACGCCAUGAGCCGAGCGUGCCGCGAGGGCGAGCUGUCUACCUGCGGCUGUAGCCGAGCUGCUCGCCCGAAGGACCUGCCGCGGGACUGGCUAUGGGGCGGCUGCGGCGACAACAUAGACUAUGGCUACCGCUUUGCCAAGGAGUUCGUGGAUGCACGGGAGCGGGAGCGCAUCCACGCCAAGGGCUCCUACGAGAGUGCCCGCAUCCUCAUGAAUUUGCACAACAAUGAGGCGGGCCGCAGGACGGUGUACAACCUGGCUGAUGUGGCCUGCAAGUGCCACGGGGUGUCCGGCUCCUGCAGCCUGAAGACAUGCUGGCUGCAGCUAGCAGACUUCCGCAAGGUGGGUGAUGCCCUGAAGGAGAAGUAUGACAGUGCUGCAGCUAUGCGGCUUAACAGCAGAGGCAAGUUGGUACAGGUCAACAGCCGCUUCAACUCGCCCACCACGCAGGACCUGGUCUACAUUGACCCGAGCCCCGACUACUGUGUGCGCAAUGAGAGCACUGGCUCCCUGGGCACUCAGGGCCGCUUAUGCAACAAGACCUCUGAGGGCAUGGACGGCUGUGAACUCAUGUGCUGUGGCCGCGGCUAUGACCAAUUCAAGACCGUGCAGACAGAGCGUUGCCACUGCAAGUUCCACUGGUGCUGCUACGUCAAGUGCAAGAAGUGCACAGAGAUUGUGGACCAGUUUGUGUGCAAAUAGUGGGUGCCCCUCCACCUGCUCCACCACCCAGCCCUACUCCCAGGACCCACUUAUUUAUAGAAAGUACAGUGCUUCUGUUUGUUUUUUUUUUUUUUUAAAUAUUGUUUUAUUUUUUUCCCAACAGUUGCAACCGGACCUUUUUUUUUUUUUACCCUGUUCCCAUCUAAGAACUCUGUGGUUUGUUAUUAAUAUUAUAAUUAUUA